ACGAGCAGACAGCGUGUGCGAGUUCUGGUGGUGUGUCACGUUCUGCACCAGUUUACAGAUGCCGUCUUCGCCGUAGACACACGUGUUCUAAUCUGCUCAAACUCGAAACUGUGUCAAGUGCUAUGGAUAUUAUACUGCUGGUCUUGACAGUUUUUAUACUGGUUAUUUCGGCCUUUUUAUCAUUUCCUAAGAAAAACCCAUAUUAUCCCCCGUGCAUUAGGGGAUGGAUUCCAUGGUUCGGUGCUGCUUUCGAGUUUGGGAAAGCACCUCUGGAUUUCAUUGCGCAAGCACGAGCUAAGCAUGGGCCAGUCUUCACUGUCUUUGCUGCCGGGAAGCGUUUGACCUUUGUGACUCUGCACGAAGACUUUCGCACCUUUUUCAUGUCCAAAGAUGUGGAUUUCGAACAGGCCGUGCAAGAGCCAGUCCAUAACACAGCGUCCAUCAGCAAGGAGAGCUUCUAUAAGUUCCACCCUGCCUGCAACUCUCUGAUAAAGGGCCGGCUGACCCCCGGUAACCUGCCCCUGCUGUCCAGCCACCUGUGCGAGGAGUUCAACUGUCACCUGGAGCUACUGGGGAGCAAGGGGACAGACGGACUGAGCGACCUUGUCAGGAGCGUCAUGUAUCCCGCGGUGAUGAGCAACCUGCUGGGCAAGAGCAAUUCGCCCGGCUGCCCCGCCACCGUCCAGGAGUUCAAGGAGAAGUUCCGCAUCUACGACGAAGGCUUCGAGUACGGGUCCCAGCUUCCCGAGAUCUUCCUACGGAAAUGGGCGAAAUCCAAGCACUGGCUUCUGUCCCUUUUGGGGGACAUGGUCAUCAAUGCGGAGGGCAACAGUCCAGAGUUUCCUGAGAAUGGCACCAAGACGUUACUGCAACAUCUUGUCACUACGAUAACAGACAAAUUCCUUCCCAACUAUGGACUCCUGAUGCUAUGGGCAUCGCUGGCCAAUGCAAUACCUAUAACCUUCUGGGCUCUGGCUUUUAUUCUGUCCAGUCCUUCCGCAUACAGGACGGCAAUGGAGCAGAUCACAGCAGUUCUCAAAGAUCAAGGCACGGAGCGGACGGCGGUGACGGCGGCGGAGCUGAGGGAGCUGUCCUACGUGAAGUGGUGCAUCCUGGAGGCCAUUCGGCUCCGGGCCCCGGGGGCCAUCACCCGUCGGGUGGUCCGCCCCCUCAGGAUGCAGAACUACGUCAUUCCACCCGGCGACAUGCUGAUGGUGUCUCCAUAUUGGGCUCACCGGAACCCCAAGUACUUCCCUGAUCCAGAGGAGUUUAAACCUGAACGAUGGGAGAAGGCAGAUUUAGUAAAGAAUGUCUUCUUGGAAGGGUUCGUGGCGUUCGGAGGCGGUCGAAACCAGUGCCCAGGAAGGUGGUAUGCCUUGAUGGAGAUGCAUAUGUUUGUUACCUUGAUACUCUACAAGUAUGAAUUCACGCUUCUGGAUCCACUGCCCAGCCCCAGUUCUCUGCACCUGGUUGGCACACAGCAGCCAGACGGACCCUGUCGGGUGCAGUACCGGCACAGGUAGACCCCCACGGCCAGAAGGGGGUGCUGUGUGUUUCAUCAACCGUGACUGACAGCUACUCACACUGCCCCACAACUUGGACCCCCCCCCCAUGCACUCCUUCAUGUACUUAAAUCAAUUGAGAAUUUUUAUUCAUUUAAGGUGGUAUAUUUCUGAAAGACACUAUACUGAAAGAGAGUGCAGUAUAGACAGCAUGGUCUAGCAGUACAAACAUAGCAUUUUGAAUCAAUGUAACAGCUGAAAAAGGGACAUCAACAUCAACUUAUGAUAUGCUGUGGUUGUAGUUGUUUUCAUAAUUGUUAAUUAUAUACUGCAUGUAGUCACAUGGUUGCAGAGAGAAACUAGCAAUUGUGCUUAUGAACAACCAUGGAAAUUAUUCACUUCUACAUAGACAUUUUACAUUUACAUAGGUUAACAUCUAUACUAACAGGCCAUUUAAUGUCAGAAAUUUUGCAUCAGAUUUUAAGUUUGGGCUCCUGAGUGGAUGGUAACAUCUUUUAGCGUAAUACAGGCUGGGCCCAGUAGCCAAGGCACUGCAGGUUCGAGUCCAGGCAGUGUAAUUAACCCAUUAUGUAAUUAGGCUGGGAGUCUGCGAUGCUGGGACACAGUUGGCUUCGUCCGUCCAGGGUUUAGGGGUGGAUUUAGGGUCGCCAGGGUUACUGCUGUGUUAAGCCGCUUUUACACUGCAUGGUACCGGCUCAACUCGACUUGACUCUGCUCGACUCCACUCCCUUUUGGUACCAGGUACUUCGUUUUCCACUGCAGAUAGUACCCCCGUCAAUGUAGCUGGUCAAUGCAGCUGGUCGUUAUAGCGACGCCACAUGAAGCUGCCAUGCCCUGACCAAUCAGUGGUCUGCAGUGUUUUCACGUCACCUUUUGGUAUCGCCUCAGCUCGCCUGGAACCUCGACGGAGGUGAUAUCCACAACUUUUGCCCGAUGGAAAACCAAAAAAGUUGAGUAGAGUCGAGUCAAGUUGAGCCGGUUCCUCCUAGCAAGACCCCAGGUACUCAUAGGCUACCAGUUGAUAGACUACUUCGACAGAGUGAAAAACAGAAAUUGAUUAAAAAUAGAGGAAAUUUUAACAAAACUAAAUUAUUUUAAAAAUGUAUCACGUUUUGCUGUAUAUAUUUCUUGCUUUGAAUAUGAGUAAAGAUGCUAAUAAUUAGCACAAAAAUGUAGAAAUUUAAUGCAGCACUACAGAAAACAGAGCUAAUGCACUUUAACAAGUACGUACUGUAUUUAUAUUAAACCUAUUUGCAGAUCGUUAAUAAGUGCUUUCUAACUUCUUGCUGAAGUAAACCUGAAUACUACAUUUAUAAAACAGAGCAGCAAUGAAGUGUGUACAUAAUUAUUUGAAAAUAAUUUGUGUUUGCUAAGUUCAUAGAACAUUGCAACAAUCAGAACAAUUCCUGUACUUUUGCUUUUUAUUAUUUAUUUAUUUUAGUGAACUUUUUAAUCCCACUUUUUUUUAUUUGUUCCCCAGUUUUGGAAAACCCAAGUUUAAGCUACAAUUGUGGUUAAAGUAACUCUGAUUCAGUUAAGGAAUCCCUUGUUUUUGGUACAAGAACUCAAGAAGCACAAAUUGAAAUGAGUGAAUGAAUAAAAGUGGUUUUGGUCAUUGUCUAUGGCUUUUGAUGAACCGGAUUGCAACGUUUGGGAAAAGCUCUUCUGCACCGUCACCGCUUUGCAUGAUGCCUUGUAAUAUGUGUCCCACGCUAUGGAAUGUGAGCGUUUGGGGUGCAAUAUGCAAACUCUAUAAACCCUGAGUUAC